CCUGUUCCAAACUGACUGCAAAAGGUAAAAAUCUUUUGCCUUUUUUUUUGAAAGGAAAUUAUUCAGACUCGCAGCCUUGCCCUGCUGACAUGAUAACAAUUGAAAGGAGAGAUCUCCUUGCCAGGAUGGAGGCAGAGACGAGGAUAAAUGCUGUGAAAGAAAAAAGUGCGAAAGACCUCCUGCUGUACAACACGGAGAUAAAGGAACUAAUGCGUAUUAUUGAUCACGAGUCAAAACUUAAGGAAUUCAUGCUGAUUAAAUUCCGACAAUUUUCAAAAGAAGCUACAGUCCUGAACGCCGAAUGUGGAAACACAAUCCUGGAGCACAGGCGGAGUUAUGCUGUCAACACCGUGUCGGUGUCAGGGAGCUGUAGCUUGGACGUGAGGUUGACCGUCAUGGUGCCACAAGCGGGCGCAGUCGUGGAAGCCGGGAAACAGCGCAGAAAGCGCUGGCGGAACUCAGCCGAUCAAUCUUCGGAUAAAGUUAGUAAGAAAACUGCUCAAGAAAUUGAAUAUGAGGCAUAUGAAGAAGUGUAUAACCAACUUAAAUAUCUGACUGGCAGAGACGGACUUUACAGUUUGGGCAAUGAGUUUAUCGCCAAGGAAGAGAAAAAUUAUGCCCUGUUUAAUUUUAUAAAUGAAAUUAAUAUUCAAUUGGAACACAUGCAAGAGAAGAUCCAGAAUAUUAAGGAUGAAAUAUUACAAAUCCAAAGCCAGCGCAAGCAAAGCGAGGAAGAAAUGCACAAGGUGAUAAAGGAGAUAGAGCACGUCCUUGAAAGUACAAUUGAACAGACGAAUAAGUAUGAAAAGAUAUACACACACAGGAACAAAACCUUGGAUCAACUGAAAUCCAGCGUAGAAUCCCUUGCCAAGAAAAUACACUGUGACUUAAUGCCUAUCGAACAGAAACUGUGUGGUCACGAGGGCAUCUUAAAUUUCAAUGCACUGGAUUACUUAGGGAUAAUUGAAAGAAAGGCAAUAGAGCUGCUACAACGCUACAUGUUGACAGUCCAGUUAGCUGAAAUGGAGAAGGAAACUCCCCCGCUCAGUCUCGCAAGCAGCGGAACAAGUACUCCAAAAGUGAAUAUCUUGUUAGCCGGUACGGAACUGACCAAGUACGUGAAACCCAUAAAAAUCAUUCCUCCAGUAAUAGAUUAUGACAUUGAAGCUGAGACGGAGAACGAAACCGAUACAGAACUUUUAUUUCCCAUGAAUUACUAUCAGUUGCGUGAGCUGGUUUUACAUGAACUGGAAGGCGGAAAAUAGGGAAGAAGUGGAAUGGAGGACAUGAAGUCUGAAAAUUCAACGGGGAUCCUGUGUAACU